CUCCCGCGACCCGCGCGCCGCAGCCUCCCGUUUCAAUCAAUUCCUCCAGCGCAAGCCGUCUCGUCGUCGUCGUCGUCCGGUCGUGAGGAGAGAUGGCGGGCCGUGGCAAGGCGAUCGGCGCUGGCGCCGCGAAGAAGGCGACGUCGAGGAGCUCCAAGGCCGGGCUCCAGUUUCCCGUCGGCAGGAUUGCCAGGUUCCUCAAGGCCGGCAAGUACGCCGAGCGCGUCGGCGCCGGCGCCCCCGUCUACCUCGCCGCCGUCCUCGAGUACCUCGCCGCUGAGGUCCUCGAGCUUGCGGGAAACGCCGCGAGGGACAACAAGAAAACCCGCAUCGUGCCUCGCCACAUCCAGCUUGCCGUGCGCAACGACGAGGAGCUGACCAAGCUUCUGGGCGGCGCCACCAUCGCGAGCGGUGGCGUGAUGCCCAACAUCCACCAGCACCUGCUCCCCAAGAAGGCUGCCUCGUCCAAGGCCAGCGUCGACGACGACGACAACUGAGUCUCCCCGCCGCGGAUGGGACUCGAGGGCCGUCUUGUUUCGUAGGAUUAGCAGGCUGUUGGCUUUGAUUUCUUGGAGAGCUCGAUGUGCUGGGAAGCAGAAGUAGGAGAGGGUCACAAUAGUUUCUUGGGUUGGUUGGUUCCCUAGAUUCUUUGCAAUGGGAUGUGAAUACGGCUAAGUUUUUGGGUUGUGAAACUCAGGGAUGUACGCCAGAUAAUUUAAACGUUGAAGAAGAAAUGGAAGGGGGUUAAAGUUUGAACAA